AUGAUUCAGGAUUUAAAAAAAGAGAAGAGUAAAGAUUUAAUUGAAGAGUUAGAACUUUCCCAACAAAAGUAUAAUAAUCUAAAAAAAGUUUUAAGUUCAUUCUCCAAGGAAAUACAAGAGCAAAUAUUAGAAAAAGAAGUAGAAAAAGAAACUGAAUUACACAAAUUAAAAGAGGAAAACCAAGUAUUAGAAGAAGAGUUAGUCAAGGAAAAAAAGAAUCAAUUAGAAAAAUUGAAAAAUGAGUUUGUAGAAAAGAUCGCUUAUGGAGAUAUAGUUAAAGCCCAAUCACUUUGUUAUAAUAAUCAUCUUGCUGUAAUUGCAGAAAAGAAGGAAAAAGAAUACUUAUUAAAGAAAAAAUCUGUUGAACUCAUUGAAUUAUUUAAUGAUCUUUGCGAAAGACAAAAAGAAAUUUCUUUACUAGAAGUUCAGGUACAACAGAUUAUAGUGCAAGAGAAGCAAACUACCUUUACUACCUUUAAGGAAAGAAUUAUUGGAGCACACUUAGAAAAAGACCGAUCUCGCCUUGUUAUUAGCGAGCAACUUUUACAAAGUCAGCAGGUAGCAGAGCUAGGACGAAAGAUAGUUGAACAACAGUUUGAAAUUCAAAGAAUAGAAGAACAACAAACUCAAAUUGAACAACUUCCUAAAUAA